CUCUGAUUAAUUACAAGAAUUCCCUUUAUAUGAACAGCGUAGAGCGUAGAGGAUCAUUCUGAAUCAUUCUUCACAUGCGUCGAAAUUUAUUAUAACAGUAUAGAGUUUGUCACAACUUGUAUUGCAAUUCAUUGAUUUAAAGUGAAAAUGCCGAAAGUAGUUUCUAGAAGCAUAAUAUGCUCCGAUACUAAGGAUCAAGAAGAAUACAGCGAAGAAAAGCCACUACACAUUUAUUAUUGUUUAUGUGGACAGAUGACGUUAAUUUUAGAUUGUGCCAUAGAAAAAUUGCCUUUAAGGAAAAGAGAUGGUGCACGAGUUAUUGAUGGAAGCAAACAUGCCCAUAAAAUGACUUGCGAGCAAGAUGAAAUUGUAUAUUUGAAACGCUCUGAAGGCAUAGAAAAACAACAUCGUCAGAAGUGUAAAAAAUGUGGACUUUUCCUGUAUUAUAAACAUGACCCAGGAACAAACAUUGUAUUUAUCGUCAAAGGUGCAGUGAUUAAAAGUUCUGGUGAAGGUCCUAUGACCGACAUAUACAAUCAAGUUGCUAUUGAAAAGCCCAAGAAAAUAAUGGUGACAAAACACACAAAAAAUAUGGGAAAAUUCAGUUCAGUUACUGUUUCUACAAUUGAUGAAGAGGAAGAUGAAAUUGAAGCUAGAGAAGUUGCUGAUUCGUAUGCUAAUAAUGCUCGAAUAAUAGAGAAACAAUUAGAGAGGAAAGGAAUGAACAAACGAAAAGCCAUGCCUCCUCCUGAAGCAGAUCCAAAGAGAACAAGACCUAGAGGAACAUUAUUGGAUGUAUAAAUAUUAGUUACAUAUUAUUAUGACAUAUUUAAACUAAACAAUUGUAUAUAAAAAAAGAGGAUUCCAAUCAAGAAUGUAAAUAUUUUAUACAUUUGAA